CGCCUCCAUUUCUCCUAGUGACCAGUUUCCCAUUGAUGUCCAGAUGGACGUCAACCUUAAAGAAGCUACAAACACGAACCACGAAGGCACCGAUAUUGGCUUCGUGCUGUACAAUAACGAUCAGUUCUUCAGAUCCAAGGUCUUCCAACCGUCACUGAACAUCAACAGAAGAGUGAUCACUGCAUCCCUGGAGGGGGAAAAUGUCCUUGAAUUUGUUAACUUCACUAUGAAGGCCCAGAAACCGUCUUCUGCGAGUUUCUAUGAUUUCGCGUGUGUGAUUUGGGACGACAAGGAGCGAGACUGGAAUACAGAGGGCUGCGAGAAAAUCUGGAGUUCAGCUCAUCGGAGCUGCAGAUGUGAAGGCAAAGCACAGUUCGCCAACUUUGCCAUGUUAAUGAGUUUCCGCACAAACCCUGAAAUAGCCGAGGCUUUAGGCAUAAUCGACCUAAUCGGAUGUUUUCUGUCUGUCGUGUGUUUGACCAUCACGAUGAUGUUCCAGAUCCUGACCAGAAAGUCAAGAAGAUCCAGUCCUACCGUCCUGAUGGUCAGCAUCUGUGUGUGUAUGACCAUCGUCUACCUCCUCUUCAUCUUCGGCAUUAAUAACUCGUACCUCAGCUCCGGUGCUGCUAUUUCAACAGAGAACAUCAUUCCUCCAUUUGAUUUCCAUCAAGAUCCAGACUUUGGGCCGUGUACAGUGGUGACCGUUCUCCUCCACUACUUCCUGUUAGCAGCGUUCACCUGGAGCAUGCUGUACUCCGUGCACAUCUUCCUCCUGAUCAAAAAUACCAUCUCAGGGCCGCCACAAUACUUCAGUGUCUUAUCCAUGGUAGUGGGUUGGGGUCUUCCUGCGGUGGUGGUUGGAAUCUCUUUAGGGAUCACGUACCGGCUCGACAACCCCUUAAACUACAGACAGGAGGCGCUGUGAGUACGGAAACCUACAGUGUUUCUAUAGUAACAGAUCAUUAACCGGGACUUGUCGGGUCAUAAUAAAUGAAGUUGAAUAAUAAAUUGAUUUAAUCUAAUUGUUGCUUGGUGAAGUUUUCUGCGAGCCAGAAAGUUUUAAUAACUUCCAGAGAGAGAAAAAAGUAGACGCUGGUGUUCAUACAUGUGUGUGUGUGUGUCUGUGUGUAGCUGUUGGCUGGCUGUCCUGGAUCAGAAUAACAGAUUUGAUGGGAUGAAACCCAUGCUGUGGAGUUUCCUGCUCCCUGUCGCUGUAAUGCUCCUCUUUAACAUAGCAGUAUUCUUUUACUUCUCAUACGCCACCUGCAGGACCAACCCUGACCUCAACAGGUGUGUGCGUAUGUGCGACAAUAUGAAACAAUCGCAACAAAUAUAUACACGCUCAGCCUAGCAUUCAGUAAUGUUGAUCAGUUUUCAUCUGCAGGUAAAAAGUCAGCUUCAAGAUAACGGUUGCUCCCCCCCCCCAUAGUUCACAGGUCACUCCUC